AUCGCCGCCCCUAUAUAAAUCUCUCCUGCCACUGAUUCUAAGAAUGGAGGCGUACCCAUACUCUUUUGUCUCUGACACUUUGGUUCCAUAAACUCCCAUCAAUAAUUCUCACCCAAUGCUUUGACUUCAUAGUUCCACCUUCUUCUUCAAUCCCAUCUCCCAAAAUUCCUUAUAUCAAAGCCUACAAGCAUGCUGUUGAGAAGUUCUUCAACCCCAAUUUUCAAUUCUUGGCUUCACCAAACCAAAUCCUCCCCUUCAGAAUCGGACCAAAUCCACCAGCUUCAAAGAACCAAGUCCCUCUCAUUUCACCCUCCUCCAGCGCCUUUAUUGAAAGAAUCGGCGAACAGAGUUACUCAGAACUUGCUGGACUCAGAUUCAGCAGAUCCCAUAAAGAAGAUUCCGGUACCGAGGAGUUGUAAAGCUCGAUCAAAAGUGAAAUCCAGGGAGAAUGGAGUACCAGAUUCCUCUUCGUCUUCGAUUCAUGGUGUGUUUUCUAAUUCUGGGUUGGGUUUGAAAUCUCCAAAUUAUGAGGUUCGCGAUGAGAAGAGGGAUGCAUGUGUUCUGCAGACGCUGGUCGUCGGCGGUGGUAUGGGGAGCGACGGCGGCCGGGUGUGUGGCGGCGGAAGAGGUUCGGACGGUGGUGGUGGUGGAGGGGAUAAUGGUAGGUCAGGGUUUAACAAUCACCAUGGAAGCAAUAGCACCGAUGCUUAUUAUCAGAAGAUGAUUGAAGCGAACCCAACCAACGCUCUUCUACUUGGAAAUUAUGCCAAGUUCUUGAAAGAGGUCCAUGGAGAUUUUUCCAAAGCCGAAGAGUUUUGUGGAAGGGCAAUUCUGGCUGAUCCGAACGAUGCAAAUAUUCUAUCGCUGUAUGCCGAUCUGAUUUGGCAUACACAGAAGGAUGCUCAACGAGCUGAGUCAUAUUUUGAUCAAGCUGUUAAAAGUUCGCCAGAUGAUUGCUAUCUCCUAGCUUCAUAUGCACAGUUUCUUUGGAAUGCCGAUGUCGAUGAAGAUGACAAUCCAGCAGACCAGUAUGAAACAGGGGAAAGCUGCCCGUCUCCGCCUGGUUUCGGUCAUGGAGCUACUCACCAUUCUCCUCUGGCUGCAGCUUCAUAAUCUCACGAAAUAUGUAGCACUCUACUUCCCACUGCGUGAUUAAGGAAAAUGAACACGAAGACCCAGAAACUUCCAACGAAGAUACGACAUACACGGUUAAAUUUUGCCUUUUGUCUUAAUAUAUUUCCUAUUUUUCAAGCGAGCUAAUGAAGUAUCUCUUAACCGUUGAACCAGUCGACAAUCAUGUUUAUAGAAGAUCAAAGAUCGAUGUGCCGAAAUCGAGAGAGAGAAAAACAUAGAAGACAACGGAACCCGUAUGAUAUCUCACUUAUACUGAAAGAGUAUCCAUUUCAAUUUUGAUAUGAUAUUAUUAGGUAGGCUUUAAUUUGUAUUACUAUUGAAUGAAACACUUUUUUAAGUGUUUAGGGAGAACUCAUUGUUAUCUUCUUAUCAUCUUCCUCAAAACACAAUUGCUUACACUGGUGGCUA